AUGCUCUAUUUGAUCACAACUGAAAAAUUGUUUUUUUUCAUAAUAUUUUUCACUCAUACCACUCUCUUCACACUAUUCUUGAUUCAGCUGCAGGAAUCUGGAAAUUUGCGCUCAGGCAGUUCAGUGAGUACACUCAGACUGGUCAAAUUUUUCCGUCGAAAAAAGAAACCCACAGUGAAUCGGCUCACCUUUGCAGUCCGACCAGCCGAAUGUUUCGGUCUGUUGGGAGUGAACGGAGCCGGAAAAACAACAACCUUCCGUAUCCUCACAGGUUGUUUGAAUCCAACAAUGGGUGAUGCCUAUGUGAACGGGUAUCAUGUGGUCGAUCAAAAACAACAAGCACAUCGCAGUCUUGGAUUUUGUCCCCAAUUUGAUGCCCUCUUGGAUUUGCUGACCGGUCGAGAAACACUGACUUUGUACGCACGUCUACGGGGUGUGCCGGAGAAGGAAUUGAACCACGUUGUCAAUCAGCUGUUGAUUGACAUGAGUUUGGCUCCGCAUGCGGAUAAGAUUGCCGGCGCCUAUUCGGGAGGAAAUCGGCGUAAAUUGUCCACGGCUGUCGCUCUGCUAGGCCAACCUAAAGUGAUUUUUCUAGACGAGCCAACCAGUGGAAUGGACCCGAUCGGGAAACGAUUUUUGUGGGAUCAAAUCAAUGAUUUACUGCACAAUGGGAAAUCGAUUGUUCUCACAUCACACAGUAUGGAAGAAUGUGAAGCAUUGUGUCAUCGAUUGGGGAUUAUGUUACGUAUCACCAAUCGAUCCCAUGUCGGAGAUCAGAUACACGCAAUUAUGCGAGCCGAAUUCACCAAUGUGGAGGUGCACAACACGCAAACACGCUGCCAUGAGUAUCAGUUUGAUCAGGGUAUACCACUCUCUCGUUUGUUUGCAUUGUUGAACAAAUUCAAAAUGCUUCGAUUGAUAGAACACUAUUCGGUUCGACAAACUACCUUAGAUCAAAUGUUUGUCAAUUUCACCCGUAUGCAAAUGGAACAGGGUGAGAUAUCACAGACGACAGACGACAUCAGUGACACCGAAAUCGAUCUGGACUAUACAUUUUAUGUCCCGGUUUGUUAUUCUCUUUUUUUCUCGUUUCGCAUUCCCCUCAUGUUUUCUUUUUUUCGUGGCGUGCACUCGACCAAACCGGUCCAUUAUCAUUACCUGUUCAGAAACUUCGUUCUUUUCAGUACCACUACACACAUCAUCACCAUCAGCAGCAGUAGCAGCACCAACUCCACACAUACACCCACCUCUGUCAAACUCCUGCACAAGUCCAACGGAAAAUUUCUCACAAAUUGUGGUUCUCCGGUUCUUCUUCACCUAUUCAUAAAAGAGUAUUUUUGUACAUGA